AUGAUUAUUAAGUCUAAAGUGCUAACCACAGGAAAAGACUGCAAAACCCCGCUGAGAUACACGCCAAACCGAGAAGUGUUUGACACGUACGCACACUACUACAUGAAGGAGCCGCAGGAGCUGUUUGACGACACAGCGGGGGUUGUAAAUGACCCGCAGGAAGACGAUGACAUGAGCAGCGAAGAAAUAGAAGACAACGAGAUACGGGCAACCGAUAGAAUGGCUGUGGCGCUGACAACCGAAGACACAGACUUCAGGAUGGACGUGUACAUCUUUGACAGCGAGACAGCGGCCUUCUAUGUGCACCACGACGAAUUUCUGCACGGCACGCCAACGGACUUGGCGCUCGUGGACAGGAAUGAAGACCCCCUUGCGCUUAUUUCAAACGAGGACGGGACUGUUUCAACAUACAGGCUUUUUGUCACAAACCACUUCCUGCCAGACAGCGUAAUUGCAGCACACAGCUCAAAGGUCGAAGGCAUCGCAGCAAGUCUGGCGCACGUUAUGUCGUACAGCGCAAAAAGCAUGAAGCUGUGGGACAUUGCUUCGCAAAAGAACGUGAUCACGCUGGAAAAAGCCACAAAGGCCGCCACGCUGUGCGAAAACAUGCUUUACUUUGAGGAAAACGCAUCCCUGUGCAUGAUGGACAUACGAGACAGCGCAGUGCACAAGGUGUUCGCAUGCCCCGCCAACAUAACAGCGGUUGCAGCCGCAGGAAACAUGGUGACCGCGGGGCUGUGCGAUGGAACGGUGAUCUACAGCAUAAACAAGGCGAAAGAAAAAAGCUUCAAGGCGCAUGCGCAGAAGAUAAACAACAUGGAAGCCUCUUUGGACAGAUACAUCACAUGUGCGUCGUACGACGAGACAAUAACGCUGUUCGAUACGCAGAACUGCGAAAUAAUAGAAAGAAGGGAGACCGGGCUGGACAAUGUGAGUGUAGGCGUGCCUGCAGACAGCGCGGCGGUCUACACAUACCCCACGCAGGAGGGAGAGUUGGAGCUUGGCUCAUUCGAAGAGGCCUUAUUAAGAGUGGAAUAA